AUGGAAGCGCCUAAGGCGGAGACCGUGGUCCCUGUCCGCGAAGAAGAACAACCAGCUGCCACUAUAGAACAGGAGAUCAACCCCUGGGAUGUAAAAGGCGCAAAGGAUGCGCAGGGAAAUACUCUAGCCUUUGACUAUGUUGCCAUUUCAAAGAAAUGGGCGACCAAGCUGAUAGACGACGAGAUUCUCCAGCGCUUUGAACGCCUUACAGGACACAAACCGCAUCGUUGGCUAAGGCGCGGCCUCUUCUUCUCUCAUCGGGACUUCGAUAAGAUUCUAGACAAGUACGAAUACGGCGAACCCUUCUUCUUGUAUACCGGCAGAGGGCCUUCUAGCGAUGCCCUACAUUUAGGCCAUACGAUCCCAUUUGCUUUUACAAAAUGGUUGCAAGAUGUUUUUGACGUUCCAUUGGUUAUCAUGCUCACCGAUGAUGAAAAGGCACUCUUCAAAGAAAAGCUCACCUUCGAGGAAACAUAUAAGUUUGGCCUUCAGAACGCAAAAGACAUCAUAGCAUGUGGCUUCGACCUGAAGAAGACCUUCAUCUACAGUGAUUUGGAAUAUAUCAAGGGCCCGUUCCUAACAAACGUCUGGGAAUUCUCAAAACUCCUCACAUUUAAUCAAGUCCGAGGAGCAUUUGGAUUUAACGAGAGUGCCGCUGCCUUUGCCACCUCAUAUCCAGAGAUCUGGGCUGAUAAGCCAGCAACGGAGCGAACAAAAGCCAUUGCAAAGAUACAAUGUUUAAUUCCCAUGGCCAUUGAUCAGGACCCUUACUUUAGGCUUUUGCGCGAGAAUUCUCAUAGAAUGCGUUUCCCCUCGCCCAAGCCAGCUCUCAUCCACUCCCAGUUCCUUACCGCACUACAAGGAGCUGGUGGAAAAAUGAGUGCCAGUGACCCCAACUCUGCUAUCUUCAUGUCGGAUACCCCUAACCAGAUCAAGAAAAAAAUCAGAAGCUAUGCCUUUAGCGGAGGCAGGGAAACUGUUGAGCUGCAUCAUAUCUCCUAUUUCGAGGACGACGACGAAAAACUUAAGAAGAUAGAACAAGACUACCGCAAGGGCGACCUUUUGACAGGAGAGCUAAAGCAAAUAGCAAUCAACCUGCUACAGGAAUAUGUCAAAGAAUUCCAAGACCGAAGGAAAACUGUGACAGAUGAGGUUCUGAAACAGUUCAUGACACCACGAAAGUUAGAAUGGAACGGUAACCCAAAUCCGAUACCCAGGCCAGUGAAACAUAAGGAGGCAAAGGCCAAAGACGCGAAGCCGCAGGAAUCAAAGCCACAGGGAUUACAGCCACAGGAUAAGUAA